CGAGUUUAUGAUCAAUGGAGCAUAAAAUCAAUCAGUAGGUUACAAUACUGAAGCUGUGUGCUAAAAGGUGAUGUGAUAAAACAUUGAUAUUUGGCUUUGAUAUUAAAUGACAAGCAUUUUAUAUGCAACUAGGAGCAUGCAUAUAUAAUAAGAAAUGCUUCAAAAGAGUUCAUGAUAACAAAAUGCUGUAAAGUGAGAUAGCUGGAAGACAAACUAGUGUAAUUGUCAUUGAUAUACAGGAUAUCGAUAUUAUAAGAACCAAGGAAAAGUACUGACCUAUCUUAUUUACUGGGUUUUCAGUAGGGGAAGUAUAGGGAUCUUUUUUCAAACAACACCUCCUCAUGUAGACAUCAUUCCAAUAUAAAAGAUGGGAGGAGCACAAUCCUCCAGACGGGAAUCUUUUGAUCUGGCUGGUGAAGUGAAUUUUGACCAUUUUCAAAUUCUCAGAGCCAUUGGAAAAGGAAGUUUUGGAAAGGUUUGCAUUGUUCAGAAAAAAGAUACAAAGAAAAUGUUUGCUAUGAAGUAUAUGAAUAAACUAAUGUGUAUCAAAAAAGAUUCUGUUUGGAAUGUUUAUCGAGAAAUAGAAAUAUUAACUAUUUUGGAACAUCCAUUUCUCGUAAAUUUAUGGUUCACAUUUCAAGAUGAAGAAGACAUGUUUAUGGUGGUGGACCUACUUCUAGGAGGUGACUUACGGUACCAUAUUCAGCAGGAAGUACAUUUUGAUGAAUAUCAAGUCAGAUUGUAUGUUUGUGAGAUUGCAUUGGCGCUGGAUUACCUUCAACAGAAUAAUAUAAUUCACAGAGAUAUAAAGCCUGACAACAUAUUACUAGAUGAAGAAGGUCAUGUGCAUAUAACAGAUUUCAACAUUGCUACUAUGUUAAGUGACGGACAGUUAGCAACCUCCAUGUCAGGAACAACACCUUAUAUGGCACCAGAAGUAUUUGCCUGUGCUUUAGAUGAGUGUCCUGGCUACAGUUACCCUGUUGAUUGGUGGUCGCUUGGAAUUUGUGCCUAUGAAAUGCUGAAAGGAAGGCGUCCUUAUGAUAUUCACACAGGCACCUCGAUCUUAGAAAUAAAACAGAUAUUUAUGACAUGUAAAGCUCACUACUCACAGUCAAUGCAUGAAGGAGUGAAAGAUCUAAUAAAAGGGCUGUUAACGUUAGACCCAGACAGAAGAAUAUCAAGUUUAGUGACAUUAAAAGGACAGUAUUUUAUGAAUGAACUGGACUUUGACAAAGUUUUAAUGAGACAAAUGAAACCAACAUUUGAGCCUUCUAAAGACCAUUUAAACUGUGAUCCUACAUACGAAUUAGAAGAAAUGAUAAUAGAAUCCAAACCACUUCAUAAAAAGAAGAAAAGAUUAGCUAAACAGAAUUCCAAGAGAGGUGAACUUUCCAGACAGGCCUCGGUGGACUCGGAAAAUACCACAGAGGAAGAAAAUAUAUAUAAAUAUUUUAAAGUAUACAAUAGGGAAAAAAUAAAGUAUGAUGAAGAACAAUCAGAUAAACCUGAACAAGAAGUGGAACAUGUGGAAGAAGUCCGUAAACAAUCUCUUCGUGAAGAGGCUGAGAAACCAGCCAUUCGAGGAAUACGUGUGAACGAAAGUUUUGACUGUGAGGACGAGGAUGAGGAUCUUGACAAAGUUGAGAAUUCUUCGUUUGAUUUACCAGACGUUCCCGAUUUUAAACAAAGACUAAGUGUACAUUCAGCAAUAGAAGUCGGUAGUGGACGUAGGCAUUCUGGGAAAACUGUAACGUUUAGUGACCGAAGACUUUCAGAUUAUACUUGUUAUUCUCGUCAAGAUCAGAAUAAAUUAUCAGAAAGGACAGGGAUUAUAAAACCCAUGUUAAAAGAUCGUAGAUCGUCCGAUAUGACAGGACAAAAAACUUCAGUUAUUGAUAAUGGUAACUCGACGGGUAACAGUUGAUACUUUUUGCUCAAAUUAUUUAUUUUUGUAGUCAGUCUAACAAAACAUAAAUUAUGAAACUAAUUACAAUAAAGAUUAUUACUGUCAUUCAAAAAUUUAAAAAACAACAAUUCUUCACAUGCUCUACUUAAGAUGAUAUUUUUAUACAUGUAAAUAAUAUAACCAAGGAAUUUUGUGCUGAUAGUUAUGCCUGUAAAAUUUGACGUUUAUAACAUUAAUUGGAUCUCUCAUGUUGAUCUCUCAUGUCGUAUCAACUAGAAUAUUCAUAAUUAUACUCAUUGAAUGUAUUGAAAUAUAUUAAAAUGUGUUAACCAUUUUCUUGUCUGUCAACAAAAUUGAACUAUCACAACAAGAAUCUGACCUUGAUAUUUGAGACGUCCAGACUAUAGACAUUAGUCAUACAUUUCUUGCAUAUAAUACCUAUUGGGCUUAAAUAUAAUGCAUUUGUAAGGAUAGAACAUGAUUCAAAUUGGAUUAUCUCCCAUUACCAGAAAACUCUCAACUGAAAAAUAACUCUAAUGAUAAAUGUACUAUGUGUUAGGUUGGAUACUUUCAAGUAAUGUGCAAUGAUUGUCCAAAGUCAAGACAUCUCUCUACGAUGUGUUUAAUCUAAUCUGCAGCUUUAUAUUGUCCUUGUUGACAACUUGACACAUGUCUAUACUGUAAUGGAAGGAAGCAGUAAUAAUGUUUAUUCUUACUCUCACAUUCCUUCUAUAAAAAUAUAUAAAACAUUCCAGCUUUUAUGAAAGCAUGGGCAAUGCUUCUGUAAACGAUUGCUUUGCAAUCUUAUGAUAAUUUUACUGUUUGAAUUUUUGACUAGCAUGAUAAAAAUCAGAUUUCUACAAAUUAGCCUUAACAAUUAAUUUUUUUUACAGCUUAGCUGUAGAAAGGCUAAUUUCAAGAAAUUUUAGUGUAAAUAUACUAUUGUAUCUUUUUGAUGCUAUAAUUAUAUAGAUAGUAAUUUGAGACAUCAAAGUUUUUCUCAAGAUCUAGAAGUACUUAAUUUUUUUUAUAACUUCAACAAUCUUGUAACUCUUCAGGUAUCAUAAUUCAAAUUUGACCAACAUGAGCCUAUGGAUCUUGAUUUAUGUAAAUGUAAUUUUUACACUAAUGAUGAUAUAGUAAAUAAAGUUAAUAAAAACAGUUGCAGAUAAAUCCAAACAAAGAAUUAUUUGAAUCUGGAAUAAUUUUGAAUUCUGGAAAAUUGAUGAGAAAUUUAUGAUGAAAACUACCCUAACUAAAUACCUGAGUGUCCUCUAAAAUUGAAUACUGGUUAAACCAGAUGCUCUGCAGGGCGUAGCUUUAUACGACCGCAGAGGUUGAACCCUGAACGGUUGGGGCAAGUAUGGACACAACAUUCAAGCUGGAUUCCGCUCUAAAUUUGG